AUGGGAUUUUUGAGUGGUGUGCUUGGUGCGGUGAAAGAUGAUGAAGCGGUUAAAACGUAUUAUCCUGUAGAUAAAAUGACUGAAACACUCAAAAAAAUUAAAGACAAUAUGUACAAACCUGGUGGAUUGUCUGCGGCCGUUGAGGCUGUGAGCACGGCGCUGGGGGAGUGGGAUAGGGAGGUGGAAUUUAGAACUGAGACAGUUAAAAGGGCGUUUAAUACACUACAAAAUAGUAAUAUUACAAGCAUGGAUACAUCACUUGCUGCACUUAAAGCACUUAGUGAACCUGGUCAGCUCGGUGAAGUUAGCGAUAAACUACGUGAAUGCAUUGCGUCAGCCGAAAGUCUUCAAAAGUCACUAACUUAUUGUUGUACUCAGCUUGCUUACCUCGACCAUGGACUUGAAAAUAAGUUGAAAACGCCCGUCAGCAUCGUGGAAAUUGAAAUAGAAAGGUUCGUUGGUGCGGCGACGAACAACGAAUUAAAGGCUUUGCUAGAUAAGGGGCAAGAGCGGUUAAAGGAGUUAAAAACCAAUGUGGAUCGGCGUGUUAAAGAGCGUCUUGAUCAGAUGGGACAUAAGAUUAAUAGAGCAUUUGAGAGUGAAAUAAACAAGCCCAUUGCUAUCGUUCAACAGGAUUUAGAGAAUGUGAAGAUGGCGCUGGAUAUAUGGAUACAUGAGUCGGAAAAGCAAGUAAGUGAUGCCGUCAAUAUGGUUGACAAGAUUCUGAACAAGUUAAACGGAAAGGUUCCGGGAAACACGGAGAAAUCUGCCGUGGACUCGGCAGCAAAUGCCUUGAAACAGCAUGCCGAGUCACUUUUAUACGCUGCAACGGAUGCUAAGGAACAAGUUCAGACGUUUGUUUCUCGAGCACUUUCGGCUGUGAUGCAAAUGGACACGGCACUUAAGGAGGAUUUGAAGAAGGUCAAGGAUGAAAUCAAAUCUAAGAUUUGGCGUCAUGUAGAGACUGAGGUUCAAAGGCCGUAUGAAAAUUUGAGAGGCAAUAUAAAGCAGCGAAAAACCGGCUUGCCAGAUGAAAGUAUUGAGUAUAAUUGGGAUUGGGUAAAAAGCUGCGUUGACUUCCAUGUAGGCCGGAUUUAUAAAAAAAGUGGGAGUGGAAAAAUCGAAGGUCAUCUUGCCAAGCUGCUUGAAGACGUAGCUAAAUAUGCUGAAGAUGUCGGGAAGAAGUUGACGCAGAAAGACGGAGCCAUUCAUGAGUGGAUUAAUAAAAUCCUGAAACAUGACACUAGGCUAAAUAUGUAUAUAGGUGGGUAUGUUAGGGAUAACAAGCUCACUGGUAACCUGAAUCAUAAUGGAAAGCAGGGCGAUGAGGCUGUGCAAGAAGCCAUCAAAGAUGAGAUUAUGAAAGAGAUUAAACUUCGGGCGCUGAAAAUACCGAGUGGCAAGGGAACAACAGUACAACAAGUAUUGAGCGAAAUUAAUAGUGCUUUCUCAAGCAUUGCGACGGCGUUUGACGAGUUAGAGCAGCGAGCUGAUGAGAUACUUAACAAGGCGGAGACUGCAUUGAAUGUUGAAAAAAUUGUAACGAAGAAUGCGACCUACGAGCGGUAUAAAACGCAUCUCACCGAAUCUAUAAAACUGCUCCUCCUGCAACUUUCCCUUGUACUGAAGCAAACGGCUGACGAAGUCCAGUCACUCAUCCGUGAUUCUCAGAUAGAAGCCAAUGUGGACGGCGCUAUUAGACAAGUGGAAAACCUCAGGAAUGACAUCGAUAUCGCCGGAAAUAAAUACGGCCAGAAAAUCCAUACAGCAUUGCAGGCUGUUAAUAGACAAAUCACAACGCUAGACUCUGUCUUAGAAAAAAGUACAUUCGAAAACGUCGUGGAUAGAAUACUUGACGCAGAGAUUGGCAUAAAUGAUCCGCAAAAUCUUCACCUUGGUGUGGGCGUAGAAGCCAAAGUCCAGCUUGACAAGGAUAAAUUCAACCGUUACCUUGGCUGCGUAAAUAUGACUGCCGCUACAGCCGGCAAGUUCAAAGGCGUUACUGACGAGGGAAUUUUGCCAAAUGCGAUUGGGGAAAUCGAAAGGGAGGUAAUGGAUGCUGUGGAUGUCAGUCUUAAAUAUAGUAGCGUCGAAAGGCUGGACGACGCGUUUUCCAAAAUCAAUAGCAGUUUCACUGUAUUCAUCAAUGAAGUUAAGAAGUUAACAGACAAAACGUCAGUUACGCCAGUUCACGGAAAGGAUGGCAUGAAGCAGAUUUUGAAUGCGCUCAGCAAUAUGAUCGAAAAAAGCGAUAUCAUUACCCUCUCCAUUAGGACCAAAGACGUUAAGAUCCAUGGUCUAACGAAGAUUAGAAACGACAUUGUAAAUAUACUAGAAAACAAUCGACAGGGCGACUUCAAAAGCAUUCUUGUUGCGGCCAGAAACUUUAAUGAUACCAUUAUCAAAAAGGAGGCUAUGGAAUGCAUUUCCGACAUACAUAAAUACGUUGGGGAUCAGGUCAAAGUGAAAACAGAAGCAAUUCAAAGAGAAGCUAAAGCUCAAUAUUACAACAAAAUCUAUGGAAUGUAUAACGAAAUGAAAACUAAAGUGUCUAAAAAAAUUGAAAGAGUGUCAAAAAUCAUUGACACGGAUUCGACGACAGGAAUCAAAGGCUUCCUAAAGACGUUUAGCGGUGUUCGGGCCACUUCAAAAAAUUCGAAUACUAAUACCCUCAAUGCAUUGAAAGAUAAGAAUGGGAUUAUAGUUCUAGCACCCGUCGCAAGAACAUACUUCGAUUCAAUUGUCACAUACGUGUGGACCGAUAUUGGACGUACAUUACAAUCACAGAGUGGAGCCAAAAUCGCGCAUCAAAAUGGUAUUGAUGAAAUUAGAAAUGCGCUCUACAAGCUAUUUACCCACAUCAAAGAUAACAUCAACGGAGGUUACACCUUCGAUCACAAUUUUGUCAAUCUUCUCCAUAAAUGCAGAACAUCGCUUGCAGAAGUCAAUCCUCGAUACUUUGGCACUACUUCCUGUCCCAUCCUAGACGCUCUUAAAAGCGGUUUGACAGAGCUGGCAAAUGAGUUAGACAAAACCUAUUUUAAUAAAUACUCGGGAGCUGACGACAUUACUUGGGAGGUAAGUCGCGGCCCAGGCGUUGGAGCGAAAUUAACAGUAGAUGGCAGAAAUUGCGCGAAAGUAGGUAUAACCGUACUGGAGAUGGUCCAUGAUGCUUUCGACGAAUUGAAAGACAAAUGCAGUAACGCCUGGUACGGCAAACAAAUUAAUGCCAUUAGUAGUUUAGGCGGUUAUCUUAAGCGGAACGGCUAUAUUGUUGCCACUGAUCACUCCAAGCAGGACGGGGAGUUGCGUAAUACGGGUGAGAUGAUGGGUCAGCAUAUUAUCAAAAAUCUCAUUGGCGCAAUCACAGGCAGCCAAGAUAACGAGCAUCUUCAAAAGUGUAAGGACGAUGAUAAAAAGAAAUCAGAAGAAGAAAAAGCAAUUGCAGUAAAGAAAGACGUUAAUGUCAUCGCAGUACUCGCGUGCUUCUUCAAACACAUCCAACAAUAUAAUGAGGUCGGUCACUUCGUAAUUCACGCUAAACCUAAAACGCCUUGCAGUAUAUACGAAAUGUUGGUAUGGUUUACAGGUCUUUCGUACAACAGAGCCUAUCAAGCGUUGAAAGAUGACGGUUUCACAGACCUACUUGUUAAGCCCAAAAAACAGGUGCUAGACGGGCAGGACGACUUUGAAGUCGAAUACGUCGACAAGUCAUCCUACUACAUAGAAGCGUACCCACAGAAAAUCACGUACGGAGAAAUGAUGAAGUCGAUGAAUGACCUGUGCACCAACUCCCAUGAGCUGCUGACCACCAUCCUCGGCACAGGUGACGAACAGACGACGUAUACCUGUGACUACUCCAACAAUUCACUUGGCCUCUACUACCCUCAGAAAGGCGAUGACUGCUUGCAUACCAUCCUAGACAUCCUUCGCCGUUUGUUCCCUGUUUUGUCAUUCCUGCACAGCCAGUGUAGCUUCGGCGCAUCUGACAUGGGCUGGGCAGACUGUCGCUACGGCAAAGAUAUACCCACGACCAAAUCGCAUUGUAGCAAAGAAUCAAAGAACAAAGCAAAGUGCCAGGCAGAGUGCCAACCAAACUACCAACCAAAUUGCCAACCUACGUCGCCAUUAAUGUGCUACCUUGGUGACAGCUUGCUUGGUUGCCUGCCACACCAAGUUGGUUCCAUUGGUUGUGGCUAUAAAUGUGCUACGUGUCCUAGUGGUAAACCAGGAAUGCCCUGUUUGACACCUCUAGGCUUCCGUAGUUUCUCUGGUUCUACAAAGACAGGCAGCGAUCUGUGUGAAGUUGUAAGUAAAUUCUUCGGCAGACAUGUCGCAUCAUGCCUCUUCAGCCUCGUUUCAAAGCCUCCAUCAACGCUGCCAGAGCACUUCGGCUUCGCUUUAUCGCUUGUUAAGAAGUGGGAUGACCAUGGCAAACAUCUAAUAAGAACAGGUAUUGAUAACGCUAUCACCGACCGUUCUAUUGCCCUCUACGAUGAUGCCAGCCAGCUGACCAACGCGCUGAGUGAUGCUUAUGGUAGCAGCCAGAGUGGUAACCACGCAACAAAACAUACUACUAAACUUGCUGACGGCAGUGAAAAUGAAGUCAAAAAAGGUGACCUCUGUAGUCUCGCAAUGUCCACCGCAUGUUCUGGCCAAAAUGUCUACUGCGCCCCGUACCUGUAUGCCUUAUGCGCCGAUCAAUACACUUACCUUGCCAAGACGCAAUGUAAGACGUACUUGUCAUGGGCAGUGUAUUUGCCAUGGACGUUCUGGAAUUAUCUCAAUUCCCUGUACAACUCGUUCAGGGACAUCUACUGCCAAGAUUGGGGAUGUCGUACCUGUCUGCGUGCGGACACUUGUAGGCGUGGUCAACAUGGUCUCGUUAACGACAAAACAAAAGCGCCGAAUUGCCACUGCUACAGUAUCGUAGAGUGCAAGGGUGCUAUGCCUACGUUGUAUAAGUACGGUUUUACGUUUGGUGCUCCAGCAGCUUUGAACGCGAAGGAUGGCAAGAAGACGUGUACCAAUUUCAUGGAGCAGUUGUACAACGUACUGCGGUCAACGUAUUUCAAAACGUUGUUCCGAGAGUGCGACAUGUUCUUGUGGAGAAUCCGUGAACCAUUCUCCUACCUUGUCCUAGCCCUCUGGCUCCUCUCUGUCCUGUACCUGCUCCACAUCAUGGUCAUCCGCCUAGACCUCCUCCACAUCAAAUCGCAUUUGCACUCUCCCUCAUCACAUCGCAUCGCUGCUCAAUCACUCCUUGCUGCUGGACGUGUUAACAAGCUUAACAGGGUGUUUUACCUGCAACCGUAA